AACAGAAUCUCACCACAAAAACCUACUAGACCUUCUGUUACUACGACUACCACCAGAAAUAAGCCAAAUUUUCUAACAUUUUAUUACAUUUUUUUGAUUUGAGCAAGAGCAUUUGCCAAUGGGGUCAGCAUAGAAAUCUAACCAUUUUAAGACUUCAAACUAGAAAAAAGUCCAAACUUUAUAGACAUUUUUUAACAGUGGAAGAGUCAAUAAAAAUGUAGAUCUUGAUGUAUGGUAGUAAAAUUGGGUCCAGAGAAGACACCAGAUCUGUAAAGAUCGUGAAUAAUAAUAAUAAUGUCCCAUGUAUGUGACUAAAGCUGAAAAUAUGUAUUUAAUUAUAAGUUUAUUCGAUUGUUUACUCUCACUUUAGGAGGUAAAUAUGUAUUUAUUGUAGACUUCAUCUCUUAUUGUGACAGAUACAGAAACCGGAAGUGACUCUUGGUCUAGUUCAAACCCACGAAGGCUUUUAUUUUGAAGGCGCAUCUGUUGAACCGGAAGUAGAAGAUGGCGUCGUGUGUUUUGGCUCCUGUGUUUUGUGCUCCUUAAGAACCGGGGCUUCACACCAGGGGCCGUUUGUAUCUGUAUGAAACCGCAGUCCGAACUCUGUUCUAUGGCGGAACCCGGUCUGGUCGGGAUGGCGGACCUGGAGGGGCAGUUCGGUUCCGUUCUGGAGGUUCUGGUCACCGCCGCCGUCUCCGAAAUGAGUAAAGUAGUCCGCGGCUCCGCGUCACCGAGCGGGACCGAAAACACACCAGAGUCCACGGAAGAGCAGCUCGUCCAGUUCAGUGUCUUCAUGACGUCUUUGGCUCGAGAAGCUGUGUUGAAGAUCUGUCGGCUUUUCCAUGAAUGUUCAUCCCUGCUUCGACUUGAGGUGACGCAGGGCGAGGCUGAGAUCGAGGACCUGAGGAGGAGGCUGGAGGUGGCGGAGACUGAACUGAAGCUGGUCCUGGACAGCGGCGGAGGAGGAGGGAAAGACGGAGAAGAGGAAACAGAGGACGGAGGUGGACGGAGCGAAGACGAGAGCGACCUGGUCCAAGGAGGAGACGAGGACCAGAACCGGACCAGGCAACGGCCCGGGAGGAAGAACCGCAGAGGUGUUUCUGGUGGCGACGGCGCCGUGAAAAGAUCUCCCAUCAUCCACCUGUGGAAAGGCCGAGCCUACGAGGACAGCGUCCAGGCGGUGAUCAUAAAGGAGGAGGGGCUGGAGGCGUUGUCAGACCCAGGUCAGUUCAGAGACGAUCUGGAUCAGGAGGAUGAGGACGACCCGGACUACCAGCUGGAGGCAGAGAAUCCAGACACCGCUGACCCCGCCUACCCCUCCAGACCCAAACGCAUCAUGAAGACGAAGCCGCUUCGAGGCCGAUCAAAGAAGGAGGGUGUUCAGCCUCUGAGCUGCAGACACUGCAGGAAGACCUUCACUAAGCUGCUGCAGCUCAAAGCCCACCAGGCGGUCCACGGCGCCAGCGCCGACAAGCCCUUCCACUGCUCGCAGUGUGGGCGGGGCUUUGCCUUCCAGAGGAGCCUCAAUGCCCACAUGCUGCUGCACACGGGUGAGCGACCUCACACCUGUGACGUCUGUGGGAAGGGUUUCACGCUGAAGCAGCUCCUGAGGAACCACCAGCGCCUCCACGCCGAGGUGCGUCCAUUUGGCUGCGACCAGUGUGGAAAGACCUUCUACCGAGCCCACGGUCUGAAGAUGCACCAGAUGGUCCACACGGGGGAGCGCGCCUUCGUCUGCCACUUCUGCAACAAGAGCUUCACCAUCCAGGGGAACCUGCAGCGCCACCUACGGAUCCACACGGGCGAGAAGCCAUUCAGGUGCGAGACGUGCGGGAAGAGCUUCAACCAGGCAGACACGCUGAAGGGCCACCAGCGCAUCCAUACUGGUGAACGGCCCUUCAGCUGCGACACCUGUGGGAAGUGUUUCAUCCAGAAGAGCGCCCUGAAGAUGCACCAGAAGACAUCCCACUCGGGGGAGAACUCGCUUGCCUGCGUGGCGUGCGGCACCACAGUGGCCUGCGUGGACUCACUUCGCAAACACCUGCAGACACACUCCACAGCCAUCCCGUGCACGUGCGUGUUGUGCGGGCAUCGCCUCAGCUCCAUCACCGACCUGCGAUCCCACCAGCAGCACCACACCGUGGACCGGCCCCACAGCUGUGGACUCUGUGGGAAGAGCUUCAAGUCUUCCAGUUACCUGAAGAUCCACCUGAAGACGCACAGCGGGGAGCGGCCAUUCGCCUGCGACACCUGUGGACGCAUGUUCACGCAGCACAGCAGCCUCAAGUCACACCAGGCGGUCCACACAGGAGAGAAACCGUUCAGCUGCGACACAUGUGGGAAAUGUUUCAGCAACACGGGCAACCUGAACCGCCACCAGCGAAUCCACACGGGGGAGAAACCGUUCAGCUGUGAGACGUGUGGACGAAGCUUCAACCAGGGGAACAGCCUGAAGGCCCACCAGCAGAUCCACACCGGGGAGAAACAGUUCAUGUGCGACAAAUGUGGAAAGAGCUUCUCCUACCUGAGGAACCUCAAGGACCACAAGUGUUUCUAUGUCUGAGGCCGGGCGUGGUCGACGCCUCCUGCCCUGGAGGCGGAGCUCAUAACAUUCCAUGCAUCUGGAGUCCAUGACCGAAUGGAUGGAAUAAAGACGUAAAGCAGGGGUGUCAAACCUGCGGCCUGUGGACCAAAACCGGCCCACCUAAGGGGUCCAGUCCGAAUAAAUUUGCAAAGUGCAAAAAUUACACUGAAGAUCUUAACAGUCUAGGGUGUAAAACAUUUAAGAUCAGGGGUCCCAUACAGACUAAUGCGAUCUGAAGUGGAUCAGACCAGUUAAAUAAUAAUAUACAAAUAAUGUCAACUCCUAACUUAUCUGUGUUU